AUCGACCGUAAGCAAGCCACGCAUGUUGCCGGCUUCUUGUUGUUUGGUGCUCGACGACGAUGGAUGGUUGGUCGCCGCUUUUUGGCCACAAACUACUACUGGCUAUGACAUAGCUAGGUACCCGCUAGCUAGCUAGAGAAGAGGAAUACUAAGAGGAAGAGACAACGAGAGCUUUGUCUUGACUGUGCGUCGGAUUGGAUCUGCGUACACUAGUCAAGAGCUCUCGUGUUUAUCUACUCUGUACAUUCCCUAGCAAGUAGCAAAUAAUUAUUACUGUAUCAUAAUAUCAACGAUGGACGUUCCCGACAUUGACGUGCUCGAAAUGGCGGGCAUUUACCGCAAGCGCAUCGAGAAUCUGUUUUCCAAUAAUGACGGGAAAGGCCCCAAUAGCAAUGCUCCCUCGUUACAGCAGUUUCUGGAAGGCUGGUUGGCAGAUGUCAAGGGAGACACAUCCCAACAAGUGGCGGUCAAGACCGAAGAGAGCAACCAAGCAGCAGGAUCUGCCAAUGACAACGGCAUGGACGACUCGACGUCUCAACGAAAUGGUCGACGAAGUUCCGUUGCCAGUGAAGUCAGCAACAAUAUGGACAGCGGCAGUCGCCGUGGAUCUCUCAUGAGUACUACUACUACUACUGGUGGUGGUCGAAGCAGUAUCAAAUGGGAACCUCCGUUACAAUCCGACAAUUCGUAUCCACCGUCUCCACCCACGUCACCUAUCGUUCCACCGCCUCCACCCACUCAAGACGAAUUCCACAGUGAAUCGUUGCCGGGGGCGGUCGCUCAUAUCUUGGUGGAACAAGACGACACGUUGAAUAAGGACGACAUUGUCGAUGAACUCUCGUACAUGACAACUCGCGAUUAUGACAUGGACAGUACACUCGAGUCGGUACAACAGUUUGUGCAAGCCAAAAACUUUACCAUGACAAAAAUGGAGACGUGUGAUCGAUGGAAAAUUCUACGACAACCACAAGGAUACUAUCUACUCAUUUUACGAUUGUAUCUCAAAGAUCGAAGCAUCCAAACUCAUUAUUACAAACACCACGCCAUGGCAUAUCACAAACGGACGCUCACCGAUCGCACCACGCUGCCAAUUGCUCCCAAGGAUAUUUCCUCUAUGGAACGCGCCGAACGAGUCUUUGACAGUCAUUUCAGCUCUCUGGUCGGAACGGCAGCCAAAUAUCGACAUUCCGCAUUGCUGCACGCCUACGAAAUUACUCGCAAACCAACCACCAAUGGCAACAAACGAAAACAACAACAUGACAACACAACAGCAGCCGAAACUACUACUACGAGUAAACGAUCGCGACCAGACGUUGACGAAGAACGACGAUGGGUACCCAUUACGGGUGAAUACACGUCCAUACCCGAUGCCAUUGUACUCUUACUCAAAAAUAUGGAUGUCAAAGCCAAUGAUAUUCCCAAAAAUCUCAAUCAUGAUUAUUGGUUGGAAUCCGUGAAAAAAUACGUUCGCAUGCCCGUCACACGCUAUCUCAAUACCAAACUACUCAAACCCGUGUCAUUGCAGCAACAAUCCGUCAAUAAUCAUUUGAAUAUACUGAGAGAACGGUCUGGGAAUCACUUGGUGGUCAUGACGGUGCACUUUGAGGAAGACAGGCAUGGACCGGUUCCAAAGUUAACGCAUGGAAUGGUGUGGCUGGCCGAAGAUAGACUCCUCUUUGACCACAACACGGUCGACAAACCAGCCGUCGUCACCGAUCGGGAUUUGAGAUCCAUUGGAACGGCCAAAAAGGUAUUUGAUUCCAUCCUACGGCCAUUGAUGGGACGACGUUCGCGACUUUACAAAUUUUGCAGUGUUCGCUCGGCCUAUCGCAUCAAACACAUGACGGCGGCUGAUAUUGAAGAAAUGGAAGAAGCCAAAGCAUUGCGAGAAGCGGCGGCGGUGGCUGCCAGCAAUGCUGCAUCUGCAACUGCCUUGGAUGAGUCGUAGCUAGAGAUAGCCUAGCUAGAUGAAAUAAUGGCUACCAGUACUAACGGUUUUGGUGAUGAGGAUACUGCUGGUAAGCUUCACGUUGAAACUUUUGUACUAGUGCGGGUGUACAGUAGCCGUAGCUGUGAAGGUGUCACUAGCUUCUUCUCCCAUAACGUUGUAGCAAUGAAGUACAUGUAGUG